AUGGCACGGCUUUUGAAACCCGAUACAGAAGGAUUUAUCGUUGCAGCACAACAAUUACGUCUUGGACGAUUAGUAGCUUUUCCUACGGAAACAGUCUAUGGUCUUGGUGCUAAUGCAUUGAAUCCCGACGCGAUUUUGUCCAUUUUUAAAGCCAAGGCAAGACCUUUAACGGAUCCCUUGAUUGUACACGUUCCUGCACUAGAAGACGCGAUGAAACUUGUUGACUUGACACCAUUGGGUUAUCAAGCCUUUACUUGUUUAGGUAAAGCGUUUUGGCCUGGACCAUUGACACUCAUUGCUAAAGCAAUGCCAGAAUUGCCACUUACAGUAUCAGCGAAGACGGGAUUUGUGGGGCUACGAUGUCCUAAACAUGCCAUUGCUCAGGCUUUACUGAAACAAGCACAGGUCCCGAUAGCAGCACCAAGUGCAAAUCGAUUUGGUCACGUCUCUCCAACAACAGCAAAACAUGUGAUGGAUGAUCUAGGUACUUGUACAAACUUGACUGUCAUGGAAGCGACAAAGGAAGGAGGAUGUUGUGAAAUUGGCAUUGAAUCCACGGUUGUCAAGAUUGUGCCGGAAGAACGCAAGCUCAUUGUGUUUCGUCGUGGAGGUAUCUCGGAACUAGCAUUGGAACAGGUUUUGAAGGAGAAUGUGGAAUUACUAGGUGGACAGUAUGAGAUUGUCACGAUUCAGAAGGAAGCCAAGAUGCAGACAAAGGAAGCACUUGAAGCACCAGGACAAAUGAUCACGCACUACGCUCCCGAUGUCGAUACAUAUUUGUAUCAAGAAAAUGCAUCGGAGAAAAUGGACGCAACAAGCGAGCAGGAUGUGAGCUGCUGGGCAGUAAUUGAUUUCCACGGCAAGCUCGUCAGCUUGAAGGACCGCGUGCGAACAUACCAAGAUCUCUCACCAAGUGGAGAUGUUGCCGAGGCUUCACAACGUAUUUUUGACUCAUUGCGCAGGUCUGAAAACGUCGAUGGCGUUGAGCGCCUAGUGAUCACAGACGUAGCUAUGGAACCUCAUGAGCAAUCGGCUGCAUUACACGACCGUAUGUACCGUGCAGCAUCAGGCAAGCAACGUGCACUCCAGUUUUAA